AUGGCUGGUGGACACUAUCGCUCGGUGAAGAUUGACCCUGCUAUUGAGCGGUGGCAGAACAUGCACAACACCAUGUACCAGCGUUUCCGCUGGACGCCCAAGAAUGCUCCUUCGAUUCUGUUCUGGGGUAUUGGUGUCCCUACGUUGACCUUCCUUGCUAUUUCGAACACAAACUACCGUUGGGAGUUUGGCGGUAAGCGCAAGGAUGAGUCUCUCCUGCGCGAAGCUCCGGCUGCUGACGCAUAA